GGAAAAAUUUCUCUGGUUGCUUUUGAGAAAGCUAUAAUUGUUUUGCCCCUUCUCUUUCUGCACUCGGCUUCAUUCUUAUCUUUUUCCCUAAUAAUCACAAAAAGUUUUAUUACUACGGAAAAAAAGAAACGAAUCCAAGGUAGAAAACGCUAUGUACAGACGAAUUCUAUUACAGCAGAGCGUCGUGCGGAAUGGGCUUUCCAAGUUUGUUCCGCUUGCACAGAAACAAGGAGCAUCCGGAGCAGCAGCAGCAGCAGCAGCAACCAUGCUCCAGCACAGAGGCAUUUCCAACACAACUGAGAAGAAGAUUUCGAGCGCAGGUCAACCAACUAUUCCGCCAGCUAGUCUGGACGGUGUCAAGUCAGCUGAGAAAACGUAUUUGGAUACGUUGACAUCAGGUGAAUUAUUUGGGUACUUGGUGAUCGGUAUGGCUACAAUCAACCGUCCUAUUCUCGAUUUGGUGAUCCGUCUUUUCCCAUACACCCCUCUUUGGAUCAUCAGAGCGUUAGUCUACCAAAACUAUUGCGGAGGCGACAACCUGCCACAGGUUUUGAAAACAGGUGAGCGUUUGGCAGAACGUGGCAUUCGUAAUAUGAUGGUUUCCUACACAGUCGAAGCUUGUGACGGCAAGCAGAUGUCUGUCAGCAUAGAAAAAAUCAUUGAAGAGACCCAACGCAGUGUUUCCGAAGCACUUUCCCCACACACUGCCGCCAUGAUUGAAGAGGUCGUGUCUCAAGCAGAGCCAUCUCAAAUAAGCAAUGCUAUCAAUGAAGUGCCUCCGGGGUACGUUGCAUUAAAGCCUACCGGAUUGAUUGAUGGCGCUGCCGAAGUUUUAUUGAAUUACGAAAACCCUAAGUACGCAGAUAGAUUCAACGAAUUGGUCAAGAAUUGUGAAAGCGUGUGUGAUAUUGCAGUUGCUGAGAACCAGAAAUUGAAGAAAAAGUAUCCAGCCCGUGAAGCUCCUUUUGUGGUCAUUGUCGUCGAUGCCGAACGUAACGACUUACAACAAGGUGUCUACAAGUUACAACGUGACUUGAUGGCCAAGUACAAUCGUUCUUCUGUUCCAGGCGCCAGACCAACGUUGGGAGAUGCAUGUGUUGUCGGUACUGUCCAAAUGUAUUUGAAAGAAUCCAGCUCUAUUUUGAAGCUAGAUGAAGAACUAGCAAAAAAGGGAAACUACAUCCUUGGCUGGAAGCUCGUCCGUGGUGCAUACAUUCACUCCGAGCCAAACCGUGGUGUCAUCCACGACACCAAGAAAGAUACUGAUGUGAACUACGAUGCAGGUAUUUCUCAAACUAUUUCAAACAUGAACAGCGAAAAUCCAACUGUUGGUCACUUGGUUGUUGCAAGUCACAACGGUAGUACACAGUUAAAGGCUACCACUUUGCUUGAACAACUCAACGGUGAACAGGCACAAAAGGUCCGCUCCAACGUUGUCCUCGGACAAUUAUUGGGCAUGGCUGACAAUAUCACCUACGACUUGAUCAAGAACCACAACACCAAGAACAUCAUCAAAUACGUUCCUUGGGGUCCACCUUUAGAAACGAAGGAGUACCUCCUAAGAAGACUAGAAGAAAAUGGUGACGCAGUUCGUGCCGAUUCUGGCUGGCCAUUGGUCAAAGGUAUUUUGGGUACCUUCAUGAAGAGAGCUUUCUAGCCACAUAGUUAAUUAGUUUGUAGACUAAUGGAAUCAUUAUAGAGAUAAUACUGUAAACUAAUCAUAUUGAAAAGUAAUAUAAACCGUUAAUUGUGAAAAUAAAAAAAAAUACAGAAAUGG